AAUCAACACUGCAUUUACCCCAAUAAACAGAACUCAAGUAAAAGAGUUAGAAAUUGAAGUGAAGUUGCUGCUAGUGUACCAACUGAACGAUCCUAAUCACUGUCGGAUUCCGAUGACCUGAACAUGGAACUCUCAAUUUGUAGCAACACUGGGUUGCAUAAUCCAACCAACUUCUGUCAGAAUCACAUAGACCAUCCCUUGUCUUCCUGGAGUUUUGUUCCUUGCACUUGUACUUGCAUGUUUGUAGCAGCAGAAGAAGAUAAGCAACACUGAACCUUUCAUAAUGGAACCUAUAACCUUUCUCUUUCUGUCUUCCAUGUUUAAUGUCCUUGCCCCCACUUAUUAAUUCAUGCUUGGCAUUUUCUCACCACUGCUAAUAUAAAUAUAUAUGUUCUACUCUCUCUAUAUAUGCUAAGUUGUAUAUGUUAAAGGGAGAAGCAUCUUAAAUUUAGAUGGAUCCUAAUGCAUCAAGCUUUCAGUCAGUUUAUUAUGAAGCUAAAGAGAACGAGGGUUUUAUUGAUCUUGGUCUUAGCCUCAGAGCUCUUCAACCUGAAACCUAUCAUCAUCCAGCACACUUUGUGAGCUUGGAGAGUUAUGAUGGACUGAUAGAUUGGCCUCAGGCUACCGACUUAAAUUUGAAGAAUUCAACUGUCAUAAGUCCGAGAAAUAUACCAGGAGACUGUGGUGAGGAAGCAGAGGGAGUGCAGAGCAAGCAGAGGCGGGCUUAUGUUAAAGUUAACAUGGAUGGGAUUGUUAUAGGCAGAAAAGUUUGUGUACUUGAUCACAGUGGCUACUCGAGUCUUGCAUUUCAGCUGGAAGACAUGUUUGGUAGACAAUCUGUAUCUGGAUUGAGGUUGUUUCAGGUUGGAUCUGAGUUUUCACUUUUUUACAAGGACAGAGAUGACAAUUGGAGAGUUGUUGGUGACGUUUCAUGGAGGGAUUUUGUAGAAUGUGUGAAGCGGCUAAGGAUCGCAAGAAAGAACUGAUCAUUUUUCUGCAAAAUUUAACUAAUUUUUCUUAUCCUGCUGAUAUAUGUUCUUAUAAGGGUUCUUAUGAUGUUCCUGACUUGGAGAAAAGUAGUGUAAGAUUACAUAUCUAAGCAGUCCAUAUCAGCCUGCUACAAUGUAUAACAUUAUUUUGUUGUCUGAAAUUUUCACUCGUGAGUUGUCAAACAUUCUUG